UAGACGAGAAGAUCAAUGAGAGUUGGUGGCUAUUUCUCUACAUUAUCAAACAACGAGGGUCCCUUCAACAGCCUCACCCUCUCACUUCGCUCCCCUCAAUUAACAAUGGCCUCUUCUUCUUCACUCACCCUAUCUCAAGCCCUCCUUUCUCACGCCAUCUCCUCCCAUGGAUCGCCGUCCUCAUCCGACCACCGCGUCUCUCUCUCCGCACUCUCUUUUCCCACCUUCUCCGGCCUCAAAUCCACCGUCCCACGCGCUUCCUCUUCCCGUCGACGCCUUCCCUCUCGCUCCACACAGAAGCGCCAAGUCCGUGCUGCCGCUGUCGAGACAAUCGGUACCGCCGCCGAGACUUCCCUGGUGGAGAAAUCGAUCAACACGAUCAGAUUCUUGUCUAUUGAUGCUGUCGAGAAGGCGAAUUCAGGGCACCCCGGGUUGCCCAUGGGCUGCGCUCCGAUGGGUCACAUUUUGUACGAUGAGGUCAUGAGGUAUAACCCGAAGAAUCCUUACUGGUUCAACCGUGACCGUUUCGUGUUGUCCGCGGGCCACGGUUGUAUGUUGCAGUAUGCUUUGCUUCACCUCGCUGGUUACGACAGUGUCAGGGAAGAAGAUUUGAAGAAUUUCCGUCAGUGGGGAAGCAGAACCCCUGGACAUCCGGAGAACUUUGAAACAACUGGAGUUGAAGUAACAACUGGGCCACUUGGUCAAGGUAUUGCAAAUGCUGUUGGAUUGGCUCUCGCUGAGAAACACUUGGCUGCUAGAUUCAACAAGCCAGACAAUGAGAUUGUUGAUCACUACACAUAUGUUAUCUUGGGAGAUGGUUGUCAAAUGGAGGGUAUAUCAAAUGAAGCUUGUUCACUUGCUGGACACUGGGGGCUUGGGAAGCUUAUAGCUUUCUAUGAUGACAACCACAUUUCAAUUGAUGGUGAUACCGAAAUUGCCUUUACCGAGAAUGUUGAUACACGUUUCGAGGGGCUAGGGUGGCAUGUUAUCUGGGUCAAGAAUGGAAACACUGGUUAUGAUGAAAUUCGUGCUGCAAUCAAGGAAGCAAAGGCUGUCAAAGACAAACCCACUUUGAUCAAGGUGACAACCACCAUUGGUUAUGGAUCUCCGAACAAGGCAAACUCAUAUAGUGUGCAUGGGAGUGCAUUGGGUGCCAAGGAAGUUGAUGCUACUAGGAAAAACCUUGGAUGGCCAUAUGAGCCUUUCCAUGUUCCUGAAGAUGUUAAAGGGCAUUGGAGUCGUCACACCCCUCAGGGUGCUGCUCUUGAAGCUGAAUGGAAUGCCAAGUUUGCUGAAUAUGAGAAAAAAUACAAAGAGGAAGCUGCAGAACUCAAGGCAAUCAUCACUGGUGAACUACCAGCUGGCUGGGAGAAGGCACUUCCAACAUACACCCCGGAGAGCCCAGCUGAUGCUACCAGAAAUCUCUCUCAACAAAAUCUCAAUGCCCUUGUAAAAGUUCUCCCUGGUCUUCUUGGUGGAAGUGCUGACCUUGCUUCUUCGAACAUGACCUUGCUCAAAAUGUAUGGUGAUUUCCAAAAGGACACCCCUGAGGAGCGCAAUGUUAGGUUUGGUGUUAGGGAACAUGGAAUGGGAGCUAUCUGCAAUGGCAUUGCCCUUCACAGCCCAGGCUCCAUUCCUUACUGUGCUACGUUUUUUGUCUUCACUGACUACAUGAGAGCUGCCAUUAGGAUUUCUGCCUUGUGUGAAGCAGGAGUUAUCUAUGUUAUGACCCAUGAUUCCAUUGGUCUUGGGGAAGAUGGACCCACCCACCAGCCAAUUGAGCACUUGGCAAGCUUCCGUGCGAUGCCUAACCUUUUGAUGCUUCGUCCAGCUGAUGGAAAUGAAACAGCUGGUGCGUAUAAGGUUGCUGUUCUGAACAGAAAGAGACCCUCUAUUCUUGCCCUCUCCAGGCAAAAGCUGCCCAACCUUCCUGGAACUUCCAUUGAGGGAGUUGAAAAGGGUGGCUACAUUGUUUCAGACAAUUCUUCUGGCAACAAUCCCAAUGUAAUUCUGAUUGGAACUGGUUCUGAGUUGGAGAUUGCUGCUAAAGCUGCUGAUGAACUAAGGAAGGAAGGCAAGACUGUUAGGGUUGUCUCCUUUGUUUCGUGGGAGCUCUUUGAUGAGCAAUCAGAUGCCUACAAGGAAAGUGUUUUGCCAUCAUCCGUAUCAGCUAGGGUUAGUAUUGAGGCUGGAUCAACAUUUGGGUGGCAGAAGAUUGUUGGAUCCAAGGGGAAGACAAUUGGAAUUGACCGGUUCGGGGCCAGUGCACCAGCGGGCAAAAUAUACAAGGAAUUUGGUUUAACUCCAGAGGCUGUUGUUGCGGCAGCGAAAGAACUUAUCUAAGCUUGCUUGGUAACUCUCCGGGUAAUAUUGUGGUUUUGGGUUGGAGAUUGAAACUGAAGAGAGGCCAUCCCAAUUGUGACAGUCCCGUUUGUUUUUAAUAAGAGUCAGAAUCCACUUAUUUUCUGUUGCUUGUGAUUCAUCAAAAAGCAAAAAAUAGAGCGAAAGGGAGGGUAGACCUUCUGUAUGAUUAUAAAUUUGUAACUUCCUCUUGGACUUUUUCCCAGAGUUUUGCAGUACUUUUUGCUUCUAAGUUAGCUUUGCCCA